UUUUCACAGACACGAUGUAUUAUCGUAAUCACACUCAAGUUUUCAUCAAUGGCGGCCUCAUCGUCUCUGCAUUCAUCUUUAUCAAACCCUACAUUCAUCUCUCCACAGAAACAGCACCGUUCCCCUCUCUCUCCUCUCUCUAACUUCAAACUCACCAGUUCCCAAAAACACUCCUUCAAACCCCUAGUUUCUCGACCUGUACCACCACCAAUACAACCACAACCACCAACCCUCCACCGCCCCUCCGCCUCCGCUUCCGGUGUCCCUUCAACUACCUCCAAUACCUCAUUCCACGGUAUCUGCUACGUCGUCCGCGACAACAUCGACACCGACCAAAUCAUCCCCGCCGAGUACCUAACCCUAGUCCCCUCCAACCCCGAUGAAUACAAAAAGCUCGGCUCUUAUGCCUUAAUUGGCCUCCCUUCAUCGUACUCCACCCGAUUUGUCGAACCCAACGAAUUCAAAUCCAAGUACUCCAUUGUAAUUGCUGGGGACAACUUCGGCUGCGGCUCGUCCCGCGAGCACGCGCCGGUGGCGCUGGGAGCGGCGGGAGUUGCGGCGGUGGUGGCGGAGUCGUACGCAAGGAUUUUCUUCAGGAAUUCGGUGGCGACGGGCGAGGUUUAUCCUUUGGAGUCGGAGGUUAGGGUUUGUGAUGAGUGUGAGACUGGGCAUGUGGUGACGAUUGAGCUGGGAGAGAGCAGGUUGAUUAAUCACACGACCGGAAAGGAGUACAAGUUGAAGUCGAUUGGGGACGCUGGACCGGUUAUUGAGGCCGGUGGAAUCUUUGCCUACGCAAGGAAGGCUGGGAUGAUUCCAUCACAGCCUGCUUAAAAUUGCGAUUUACUAUACUCAGUGAAUUGCUAGCAUGCUGGAUUUGUAGACUAGUGAGUUGUUGGCUUCUCUUCAUCCAGAUGUUCGAGAUAAGAUCUUCUUCUUCUUAUAAAUAAAGCGAUAUUUUCAUGAAGACCCUUUGUAUUGAAUGCAAGCUCUCUCUUUGUAACAUUGAUCCUGCUGCUUUCACUAAAAGUUGCACUUAAAAAUUGUGUUUUAGUGUUAUGUCAACAUUGUCAGCUGUGGUGAUUUUGUUAGUAUAAAGACCAAGGAUAUUGAUGUUAAGAUCCUA